GAGCGUCACUUGAAAGAGAUUGCCGAGGCUUUUCUUUUCCCUCACGUGUCUCAUUAUGCAUCAUGUCUUAUACUGUAGCUUUUCACUUGCUUGAAGUGGAUAUACAAUUUUUUUGUUCUGAUUCGUAGGACGGGUAUGUUGUUGUUUUUAUUCGUAGGACAUGGAGUCUACAGUUGAGACCAUGAUGCAGCAGCUUUUGUCAAAGGAAAUUAUUCAUGAACCCAUGAAAGAAAUUGAAGAUAGAUAUCCUAAGUGGUUGGAGGACAACAAAAUCAAGUUGACCACUGAAGAAUAUGAACGUUACAAACAUCAGUACGAACUUAUAAGAGAUCUGAACAAAGUUUAUGAGACUGAACCUAGCAACUUCAACAAAAUUGUAGAACUUAUGCAGAAAAUGCAAGAAUGUGGCCAACUGCCAAAUGAUAUUUUUCAUGAGCUUGCUCCGUACUUUGAUAUAUCUUCUCUUGGACAACUGUGAUUUUGUGCAUAUCGAGUUAACUUCAUACUGAUAACUCAAAGGCUGUUAACGUUAGGAGUAUCUUGUCAUUUUUCUUGACUUCACUUGUAGAGAGCAAGCCUGCUAAGGUUUUUGGCAUUUGCAUUGUUUGCCCAAAAUAUUUUGUUCUGUAGUUCAAAAUUCAACACAAGUACAGUUUAACACCGAGCUGAAUAGAGUCUGAAUAUGAAUCCUCAGUAGAGAUGCCUCCUAAUCAUUUAAUAUUCAGAGGGAUUUCACAGUUUGGUUGUGUUUACUCUGGUGUUGUGGUUUAUAGAAGCACGAAAAUAUUUUUCUUUUAGAGUUUGAGGUUUAGUUAUUGUGUGAAUGACCUUACUAAGUGAUACAAGAACUAACCUAGAACUAGCACAAAAACAUGAGA